UCUCUCUCAGCUGGCUGGCCCACAAUGGAGAGCUCCCCGGGAACGGGCGACGUCCAUGGCUCUGUGCCGGAUGCGUCCCACACGACAUUCGAGUCUCGACCCCAACCGAAGCCUGCCUCCGAGCAAACCACUCCCUCUCGAUCCUCAUCGCUGUUGCAGAAAGGGUCAUCGCUACCACCCCGUGCCCAUUCCGGGGCCCGACAUACGAAACGGUUGACCUUGAACUUCCCCAUCAACAUCCCGCUGGAGCAACCGCCGUCCGCCACUGACCCCAGUGUCGCCUCCCCCGGAUCCAUGACCCCCAUCACACAAUCGUCGACUCGUCCGUCCUCCGCACUCCCGGCUGAUGCUCCUGUUCCUCUUGAUGUCGAUGGCGAUGGCAUCGACUUCCUUCGGGCUAUCGCCUCGCAAGAGCGGAGGGUGAUGGAGCUCCGGGAGGAGCUGACCCGGGCCGAGACGGACCUGUCCACCCUCAAGAAACAAUGGGCGCAGUCUGAGAAAUCGAGGAAACGCACCGAGAUCAGUCUUCAUGCUGAGCCGAUGCUGCCACUGCGGUCUCCCGAUCUUAGCGGGGCGGAGGGGUCCAGUUCGCAUCGUCGGGAACAAAGCAUGAGCUCGGUCGGAAGCUCUUCAGUAUCACAGGAACGUAUCAGCCGGGAAAUGGAUCGGCGAAGUAUCGUCCGUCCUACGCCACCUAAAGGUACAACCAUUUCUGCCAACGGGCGGCGUGUCUUCCAGGGCUCCCAUACGCGCACUCUGUCUCUUCUGUCACCAGUAACAGCUCCAAGCCCAUCUAUCGGCGGGCCAAGCCCGUCGGAUGCCGAACGCGUGGGCCGCUCCCCGCGGUCGGCUACGCUGCCAUCCGUUGAGCGUAACAAUGUUGCCAACAUUGGGAUGCCGAUGGAUGAAAGCCAGGUGCCGGAGCAUUUGCUUUCGCAGUGGCGGAAGACCAUGCCGCCUCCAUCUCGUGAGGCCCUCAUGCGUACUGGAAAACAGAUGGCUUCUGAUUUGCGCGAGGGUCUCUGGACAUUCUUCGAGGACAUCCGACAGGCAACGGUGGGCGAAGAGGGCAUCAACGCAACCGAAUCCAGGACCAUGUCGCAAUCCAACUCGUUAACCCCGUCGACCUCACGCAAACGUGAUUCUUUGGCCAAAUCACAAAGUCGAGAUCGGUUAUCAGCCACAGGAAGCGGCUCACGAUCAGCAUCGUCAUCAUCGCGGGGGAGGAGGCCGGCGGCCGAAACAUCAUCUGGUAAAGACACCAAGCCGGUGGACAUUUCCUCGUCUUUCUGGCAUGAAUUCGGCGUUGAUUCACCAGCGCAGACGUCGACAGGCGCUCGUCGCAGUCCCUCCGACACCAUCGACGCGACGACCCCACGAGGCGCGAACGAACCCGAGCAGCAAAAUCACCGCUCCAGCAGUCCAGUCGCAGCGGAGGAUGAUACGGCCGACAACUGGGAUAUGUGGGAUACGCCGCUCCCAGCAUCGAAGAUGACACACACGCCCUCCUCCAGCCGGUCGACAGUCGAGUCGAAGCACGAUCAGUCCCCAGAUACGCAGGGCAGCAGUCCACGAACGAGUGCCAGCUUUGGCGAAUGGAACCCCAGUUCCGCCGCACCCGAUCCCAGCGUGACCGAAGGUAUUCCCUGGCCUACCAUCACCCAGCUGGCCCCGUCCAAGCUACAGCGCACCGCCUCCAAUCUCAUGGCCGAGUGGGAGCGAAGUCUCUCACCUUCACCGGAACGAAAGGACUCGUCGUCCUCGUCCAGCCGAAGCAAGAGCAGCAAGAAGGAUUGA